AUGAGGACUCUUGCUUAGCCUUUGAGAGCGCAAUUCCUUAGACAGCAAUCAUAAUUCCAAGAUUAUCUCAUUUUACAGAGGUUGGGCCAAGGCAGCUUUGGAACUAUUUUCAAGGUCAGCAAUCUAUUCGUAAUGAAAGAAAUUGAAGUUGAUGAUGAGAGUACUUUGAAGAAUUGCUAGCAGGAAAUGAGUUUACUAAAGGCUAUUUCUCAUUAACAUAUUGUCAAAUAUGUUGACUCUUUUAUGAAAUCGUCGAAGUUUUAUAUCAUUAUGGAAUACUGUGAGAAGGGUGAUUUAAAUGAUUAUAUUCAGAGGCAAGGAACAAAUAUGGACAUACCUGAGUCUAAAAUAUGGAGACUGAUACUAUAAAUGUGCUUAGCCUUAGAAUUCAUUCACGAGAAUGGAGUUAUUCACUCGGAUCUAAAGCCUCAAAAUAUUUUACUCACUGGGAGAGACUAAGAUAUAUUUGGGCACUUGGAGCAAUAAUAUAUGAGAUAUGCACUUGAUGAAAAGCCUUUGAUGGUGUAAAUGAUGAGAACAUUAAAAAUAAAAUAAUUAGCUUUCCACAUCCACUUCUUCCUUAAGAUAAAUAUUCCUCAGAUCUUAAUCACUUUUAUACUCUCUAUAUCAGAUGAUGUUAGAAUCUUUGAUUCUCGCAAAUAGCCUAGAUUUAAAAACUUUGUGAAUUCUGGAGUUCAAGAUUAUUUAGUUGAUGAAUCUAUUGAUGAAUCUCAGAUGAAUCGUAGCGGAAGAAGGUAAUCUAAGAAAAUGAAUGAAAGUAGAGUGAUGAUUGAAAAUCAAAAGUAGGAGCGUAGAUAAAUAAUGAUUUCAAAUGUUGAGCAGUAAUACUUUACUAAACAAUAGAGUAAUUAGGAAUUUUACAAAGAUAUCUUAAAGAAGAAGAAAAAUGUAAGGAAUGAAAUGGACAAAUCUCCUCUUAGAUAAAAUACAAUAAAUAGCCAUUAAAAUUCUUUGGUUCAACUUCUAAAUUACUAGUAUCUUGCAUCUAGCGAAUCUUUGAACAGAGAAGAUAGGCUCAGGUAGACAAUCAAUAAAAAUGCUUAGAAAUUUCCCGAUCAUCAAACUUAACCCUUAGCUUAGGAUCUUUUUGUUAACAAAUACAAUAAAGAUAAGUCCUGA